AUUGUGCUCUCUGAAGGUCUCAGAUGGACAUUUAUGGAGCUCAGGAAUGACUGUGUGUUUGUAAGAGCAGUCGACGGCACUGGACGUGAUGUUGACCUUCUUCUUCUUCUUCAGCUCAGCGCUCGGUGUCUACGGCUUUGAUGUUUUAGCCUGCAGAAACUCGAGCGUCACGUUAAACGUGGUUCUUCUGGAGGACGAAGGUUCACCCUGGAGUCUGAAGUUUGUUCAAGAUGUGGUGGAUCAGGCCGUACGAGUGGAAAACCAGAAAAACCAGGAUGCAGGUUUGGACUUCAGGAUGAAGGUUCUCUUCAGUGGUUUUAACACCACACAUUACCGGCGGCGCGGCUGCGGCAGCAGCACAUGUGAAGCUGCAGAGAUUCUCAAAUCACUGCAUAACAGCAGCGAGCUCGGCUGUGUCAUGCUCGGCCCGUCCUGCACGUAUGCCACUUUCCAGCUGGUGGAUCAGGAGGUUGGUCUGACUCUGACCGUGCCCAUCAUCUCAGCGGGGAGUUUUGGUUUGUCAUGUGACUAUAAAGAUAAACUCACCCGUCUGCUGCUACCGGCUCGCAAGAUCUCAGACUUCUUCGUUCACUUCUGGAAAGUGUCAUUCUCUAACCUGAAACCAGAGUGGAAAACAGCCUACAUAUAUAAAAAAGUCAACUACACAGAGGAGUGCUUCUGGUAUGUCAAUGCUCUUGAGGCCCCGUCUGCUCUGUUCGCCAGAAACAUAUCCAGAGUCAUGCUGAGGAGUAAUGAUGAGGUCAAAGAAGCGCUCCACAGUUCAGACCGACACAGCAACAUUUUUGUUCUGUGUGGAACACCUGACGAUGUUUGGGCUAUAAAGAACAGCAGUCGUGUUCCUCCAGACGUGGUGUUUGUCCUCAUUGACAUGUACAAUGAGGGAUAUCACGUCAACAUCUCCAGCUAUGAGCACAUGAGAGACGUGUUAGUCAUCACCAUGCACAGCUUCAGGAACUACUCCAGCGACAACUUCUGGAAACUAAACGCCACGGCGCUCAAUGAUUAUGUGGUGGGUUACCAUGACGCCGUGGUUCUCUUUGGUCGAGUGAUGAGAGAGAAUCUACUGGCCAUAAAAAACCAGACGUCCAGCGGCAUCAUUGACAAUCCCUUCAGGAGCACAAGCUUUCAGGGUGUAGGUGGACACUAUAAAAUAGACGCGAGUGGUGACAGAGAUCUGAAUCUAUCUGUGGUUUACACAACAGGCUCAAACUAUCAGUAUAAGACACUGUUUGUGUUUGACACGUCUGUGAACCUAACGGAGAGGAAUCACAGUAAUCCCGACCUGCCGUGGGCCGGAUCACGUCUGCCCGGCGACAAACCUUCUCACGGUAUGGAGGUUCAGAACAUCAUCAUGAUUGUUCUCGGACUCAGCGUCGUCAUGGCGACCGCUAUGGCUUUCAUACUCUACAGACAGAACAGACGAGUGCGUUACAAUCAGAAGAAAUGGUCACACAUCAAUCCAGCGCUCAUCACACCGCUGGACAACAAACAGAGAAACAACAUCAGUCUCAGAAUCGAUGAAGAUAAGAAGGGAGACAACAUCAUCCAGAUACACAAAGGCCGUUACGACAAAAAGCCGGUGAUUCUGAAGGAACUGAAGAACACUGAUGGGAAUUUCUCCGAGGAUCAGCGCAUUGAACUCAACUCUUUGCUGCGUAUCGAUUAUUAUAACCUGACCAAGUUCUACGGGACGGUGAAGUUCGACAGCGGCGUGUUCGGAGUGUUUGAGUUUUGUGACAGAGGAUCGCUCAGGUUUGUGCUGGAUGACAAGAUCUCGUAUCCAGACAAGAGCUUCAUGGAUCUGGAGUUUAAGAUCUCAGUCAUGUACGACAUCGCAAAGGGCAUGUCGUACCUUCACUCCAGUAAUGUUGCUGUUCACGGCAGACUGAAAUCCACAAACUGUGUGGUGGACAAUCGCAUGGUGGUGAAAAUCACAGACUUUGGCUGUAACACCAUCCUCCCGCCUGGGAAAGAUCUGUGGACGGCCCCUGAGCACAUGAGGGUUCAGGGUAUCUCUCAGAAGGGAGAUGUGUAUAGUUUUGCCAUCAUCUCUCAUGAGAUCAUCUUCAGGAAAAGCACAUUUUACACCAGCGACUGCUCAGAUACGGCAGAGAAGCUCUGUUGUGUUCAGUACCCGAGAGGACUCAAUGUGUUCAGACCGGAUCUCAGUUUUGAGUGUGUUGGAGAGACAGAAGCUGAGCUGUUUGUCCUGAUCAAGAGCUGUUGGGAGGAGGAUCCAGAGAAGAGGCCGGACUUUAAGAGGAUCGAAGGAGCUCUGGGGAAGAUCUUCAGUAAUCUUCACAAUCAGGCCAACGCCAGCUACAUGGACAAUCUGAUCCGCAGACUGCAGAUGUAUUCCAGAAACCUGGAGCACCUGGUGGAGGAGAGAACGGCUCUCUAUAAAGCUGAGAGAGACCGAGCUGAUCAACUCAACCGCAUGCUGCUGCCCGGGCCGGUGGUUCGCUCUCUGAAGGAGACGGGUCGUGUGGAGCCUGAGCUCUUUGAUGAAGUCACUAUAUACUUCAGUGAUAUCGUGUGCUUCACGACUCUCUGUCAUCACAGCACGCCCAUGGAGGUGGUGGACAUGCUGAACGACAUCUACAAGAACUUUGACAGCAUUCUGGAUCAUCACGACGUCUACAAGGUGGAGACGAUUGGAGACGCUUACAUGGUUGCGUCUGGACUGCCCAAGCGGAACGGGAACAGACACGCUGUAGACGUAUGUCUCAUGGCUCUGGACAUUCUGGAGUUCAUGGGAACGUUUGCACUGAGACACCUGCCGGGAAUCCCGCUGUGGAUCCGGAUCGGAAUACAUUCAGGUCCGUGCGCUGCAGGUGUUGUAGGGAAUAAGAUGCCGCGAUACUGUCUGUUUGGAGAUACAGUCAACACGGCAUCACGUAUGGAGUCUACAGGACAUCCUCUCAGGAUUCACGUGAGCGAGUCGACCAUUGAGAUCCUGCAGAGAACAGAGUGUCAGUUUGAGUAUGAACGCAGAGGAGAAACUCACCUGAAGGUCAGAGCACCUGUACUGCAUACUACACACUACAUACUCUAUACCUACACUGUACAAAUAUUUCACCAAUUUCAGCUGCCUUCAAUUUUUAAGUUAAAUCAAAUAAAAGAAAUCGAGUUGUAG